UUUUGCUAGCAUCACUGCCACAGUGGGAGUCUCUGAAGAAGAAGACGUAACGCCAGCUCAGUUGACGUAGUGGUGGCCCGUGGUGCUCUUGCAAUGAUCACCACAUCUAUUUAUCUUGGUGAUUACAACUAGCCAGUGGGAGUUGCUAUGAAGGCGGGGGCCUCAUCCAUGUGGGCAUCAUGCUGUGGUCUGUUGAAUGAGGUGAUGGGCACAGGUGCGGUCCGAGGGCAGCAGACGGGGUUCGGGACCGGUGCGGGCCCCUUCCGGUUUGCUCCCAGUGCUGGAUACUCCACAUAUCCCCCCACCAGCUCAGGGAGCCCCAGCCUGGUUUGCAAGGCCUGCGGGCAGGCUUUCUCCGUCUUCAGAAGGAAGUACAUGUGCUGCGACUGCAAGAAGAGCUUCUGCUCGCUGUGCUCCGUGCUGCAGGACAACCUGCGGCGCUGCACCACCUGCGACCUGCUCAGGGCGACAGCCUUCCAGCGGCCACUGCUCAUGCGGCUGCGCGUCAAGGACCUGCGCCAGUACCUGCUGCUGCGCAACAUCCCCACCGACACCUGCCGCGAGAAGGAGGACCUGGUGGACCUGGUGCUGGUCCACCAGGGCGCCGAGAGUGACGACGGUGACGAGGAGCCCGACACGCCCACGCUGCAGUCUCGGCCACUCUACGAGCCGCCACCCGCCGCCCUGGAGCCCCCCGUCUCCUCUCCCGCCCAGAUCUCCCCUGUCAAUGCCUCUCAGGGAGAAGCCAUCAGCAGGAGCAAUAGCUCAGGGUCCACCAAUCAGGACAUAGGUGAUGCCACCUCCCUGUCUCUCCUUAACCUGGAGCCUACUGACCACACCCCCGAGGUGAGUCCGCAGACACGCCGGCGUGCACGGGCCUCACUCUCGGACCUGUCUUCGCUGGAGGACGUGGAGCGGCUGACCGUGCGGCAGCUCAAGGAGAUCCUGGUGCGCAACUUCGUCAGCUUCUCGGGUUGCUGUGAGAAGUGGGAGUUGGUGGAGCGCGUGCGGAGGCUGUACCGCGAGAACGAGGAGAACCGCAAGUCCAUGGAAAACGUGAACAGUGCCAUCACUGCCGUGGUUGCCUAUCCCCCGCCAAUCUGCAAUGGUGGAAUCGGAGAUGGCGUGCAGUCUCUGCUGGUUACUGACGAGAACCUGUGCCGGAUCUGCAUGGACGCGGUGAUCGACUGCGUGCUCCUGGAGUGCGGCCACAUGGUCACCUGCACCAAGUGUGGCAAGCGCAUGAGCGAGUGCCCCAUCUGCAGGCAGUACGUGGUGCGUGCCGUGCACGUCUUCAAGUCCUAACCCUAACCCAGCAAAGGACCCACUGUUUCUGGGGACGGACGGACGGACGGACGACACAACAAUAACAAUAACGACAACACACUGAACGUACAGACUUAACAAAAGCAAACAUGCUUGGCAAACCGCUACAUGCACACACUGGACUGGACGUCUGCACCGUUGUUUGGCCGCAGGUCGAUCGCUGAGACAUCAGAGGCUCCUGUGACCCAGGCGGAACUGUGGAAAGGACCUUGUCUGUGACGCGCUGAAGCGUCACCUUUCUUCCAAAUACUAGCGGUCGGAGCCGGAGACUGUGUCCGCGAGGCCGUGGUUUGCAGAGUGGUGUGGCACGAACGUUCAGAGGACGUCUUCGACAACGGCUUCUGCAAGCUCUGGGCAAAUGCUUGAAGGAGUCAAGAGCUUACCCGCCUGGAGGGAUGUGUGUGUGUUUCUAUGGGUGGCCUUGCAUGUGUAACACUGUGUGAACUCUGCUAACACUGGGGCUAGUUGUGAAAACGUCUCUUACUCUGUCGUGUUUGUCCAUGAAACAGUGGGCAUGCAACACGUAACAUGAUUCAGGUACACCGGUUGGUUUCAAGGAUUCCCAUGCCUCGUUUAUGUGAAUUUAGGUUCUUUCUUUGGUGUCGAACUCCUGUGUUUUGUUUGUUUGUUUGUUUGUUUGUUUUUCUGCUUUCAGUCAGCUCAUCAGUGUCAUGGCAGUCUGAGUUUAAAUGUGCUGGCAGAAGAGACAUUGGCGUUGGCGUUGGCGUUGGCCCAGACGUAGUGUAGCCUGGCAGGCAGGUUUGUGGUUGUAUGGAAGGGAUAGACCAGGGAACAUUUGAGGAAGAGGGAUUGUUUUUAGCAGAGACCUGAAGUCUAUUUGUGACUUUACCCAAGUGAAUUUCUUGUACUGUACGGCUGCAGAGGAGUAUGGAGGGGAUUUGGUGCCAAUUAUCUGUGUGUGUGUGUGUGUGUGUGUGUGUGUGUGUGUGUGUGUGUGUGUGUGUGUGUGUGUGUGUGUGUGUGUGUGUGUGUGUGUGUGUGUGUGUGUGUGUACACAGGAAAACGUCAUCACACACCAUUCCAAUGCAACAUGCCUCCCAGCAGCAGUCAUUGAGCCAUCCUCACCUAUGCGCAGUUUUCCCAGUCUAAACGCAAGUGCUAGAUCUCAAACACGCUGCCUCAGCAGCAGCAGCAGCAGCAGCAACCCGUAAACCGCUUCUUCGUCAGAGCUCUUACUGGACUCUAGUAUGUGUCGUAGUCAAGCGGGUGUGUUGACGUUUAUUCUUGUGCCAGUCCAGACUGACCGGGCAAGACUUCUUAGGCAGAGAAUCAAUUCAAUCUAAAUGACUGGUCUUCGAAGAUCUUCUAUAUGCCACUGUUCUGGGUCCAAUUCAUGAUGACACCAAAAUACUAAACUGAGAGGGGGAUGGAGGAUUCUAGAUAUCAUCAGUGGUAUCUGAUAAUGUGCUUAGAAACGUGAUGCUUUUGGGUGAGGUAGGCUUUAAUGGACAAAAGCAGCUAUCCAAUGGCUCCUUCUCUCAUCUCUACUGUAGAAGUCCGUAAGCUGAGACGUUCAGAUGGCAGAUCGGUAUUUCAAUGUGAACACUCAUGAUCCAGUUAAUAGAGGCUCUCCCUAGGGUUUGACUAGACAUCACGUUAUUCGGGGGAUAACAUGUCCUGUCCUGAUAUUCCAGCCCUGAUAUCGGUGUCCCAAUACAUUUUUGAAAUGAUGUAAUUUUAUGCCAUAUUUUAAAAACCAACAAGAGAUUGCUUGUUUUUUUGUUUUUUUUUAUGCAUAAUCUAUCUUUCAGAUGCCAGCAUAUCCAGUUCGGCAGGAAUGUUUUUUCUUCCAUAACAAAUCUUAGUAGGGUCGUCCGCCACUGUCAAGUGCGUGUUGGAGAAACGCUGACUUGGAGGUCGUGUCCAUCCAAGCCACACGCAGUAUGCAGCUGAGCAUGCCUGUUUUCAGCCUCGUUCAGCCUGGUCCUUGCAGUGCAUUUGCUGCUCUGUUGUGUCUAAGCACGGCCAUUUUGCUGAAGAAGGGUAGCAUUAGG